AUGUCAUCAGAAAAACAGGAUGACCUGCACGUCGGUGCAGCUCAUGUCGAUGUUCCGAAUUCAGAGGUUCUUGGUAACAAGGAUCUGAUAAGUGAUGCCAUCGAUGGUGAAAACCAAGAGCAUGAGAUGGGUGUUUGGGAGGCGGUAAAGACACAUCCCUGGGCGUGCCUAUGGGCUUUCAUCAUGUGUUUUACUAUUGUUAUGGAAUCCUUCGAUAUGUUCUUGAACGGUAACUUUGUCGCACAAAGUGCCUUUCAAAAAGAAUUCGGUGUUUUCGUUGAAGGUUCCGGUUGGACAAUUCCAACCAAAUGGCAGAGUGCUCUUUUCCAAUCCGGCCAAUGCGGUGCCUUUGUCGGUGUUUUCCUCGCUGGUCCUAUUACAAACCGUCUCGGAUACCGUUGGACUACUAUUCUGGGGCUGGUUCUUAUGAACGCUACGAUUUUUAUAUCUUUCUUUGCCAACUCACUUACACUGCUUGUUGUCGGACAAGCCUUGGAAGGUGUCCCUUGGGGGUUCUUCAUUGCGAACGCCCCUGCAUAUGCUAGCGAAAUUGUUCCCCUCCCCCUUCGAGGCGCCUGCACAGCUACCCUCCAGAUGGCGUGGUCUAUCGGUUCGAUCAUCGUCGCGGCUGCUACCCUUGGUUAUAAUAAACGUGAUGAUCAGUGGGCGUGGCGAGUACCUCUUGCACUUCAGUGGAUUUUCCCCACUCCUCUCUUAGUCCUUAUCUUUAUAGCUCCUGAAUCUCCAUGGUGGCUGAUUCGUCGCGGACGCAAAGACGAAGCCCUUCGGUCCAUUGAGCGCCUUGGCGGUAAAUCUGGACAGAAUUCAGCAAACACAUUGGCCAUGAUGGAACGUACAGUUGAGAUCGAAAAACAGAUGGGCGGUGCUCCCACAAUUCUUGAUCUCUUCAAAGGUACUGAUUUACGACGAACAACCAUUACCUGUUUGAUGUACGCGUCUCAGAACUUUGCUGGUAAUUUGAUCGCCAAUCAGGCAACUUUCUUCUUCGAGCAAGCUGGCAUCGGAUCCGAUCGUGCCUUCCAGCUAAACUUGAUCAAUUCUUGUCUUCAAUUUGUUGCCAACGCUUGUUCUUGGUUUUUAACUGCAUGGUUUGGCCGACGAACUAUCUAUCUAUGGGGAACUGCCACCAAUAUCACCCUUCUAUUCAUUCUUGGCAUUUGCGCCUCCAUUCCUCAGAGCCAAUCAACCAACUAUGCCCAAGCCUGUCUCGGUAUCAUCAUCUCUUUCGUUUUUGCUGGUAGUCUUGGACCAAUCUCGUAUACGAUUAUUUCUGAGACAUCCUCUGUCCGGCUUCGAGCUCUAAGCACUGGCGUCGGUCGUGCUGCAUACUAUGUUGCGGAAAUUCCCAUGAUUUACCUGGCCUCACGGCUCCUAAACCCCACCGGAUGGAAUCUUGCGGGUAAAUGUGGUUACGUCUGGGGAAGCACUGCUUGUGUCUGCUGGGUUAUGGCCUACUUCUUCCUCCCUGAGCUGAAGCACCGCACUUACCGUGAAAGCGACAUCUUAUUCAAUCGUCGUAUUGCUGCUCGGAAGUUCAAAUCGACCGUGAUCGAUGUGAGGGAGAACGAGUAA